AUGGUGGAGCAGGGAGACGCGGCGCCGCUGCUGCGCUGGGCCGAGGGCCCCGCGGUCUCCCUGCCGCAGGCCCCGCAGCCGCAGGCGGGAGGACGGGGCCGGGGCGGCGGCGGCGGGGGCGCCCGGGCGGCCGCGGAACCGCGCAGGAGGCGGGAACCUGAGGAGCCGGCUCCCCCCGAGGUGCUGCUACAGCCCGGGCGCCUGGAGCUGGGCGACGUGGAGGAGGACCAGGUGGUGGCCGUGUUCGUGGUCACCUUCGACCCCCGCUCGGGAAACAUGGUGGAAUGGUGCUUACCUCAAGAUGUUGACCUUGAAGGCGUUGAGUUCAAGUCUAUGGCCAGUGGGUCCCAUAAAAUUCAGUCUGACUUCAUCUAUUUCCGAAAAGGGCCCUUCUUCGGCCUGGCCUGCUUUGCCAACAUGCCUGUGGAAAGCGAGCUGGAACGUGGCGCGCGAAUGAAGUCUGUGGGCAUCCUCUCUCCUUCCUACACCCUGCUUUACCGAUACAUGCACUUCCUGGAGAACCAGGUUCGACACCAGCUGGAGAUGCCGGGACAUUACUCUCAUCUGGCUGCCUUCUAUGAAGACAAGAAAGGGGUGCUCCAUGCCGGCCCCGGCAGAGGCAGCAGCCUGCCCCCUGUCUACUGGCUGCCUUCCAUCCACCAGUACAUGUACCCUGAGAUGAAGAUCACACACCCAGCUGGCUGCAUGUCUCAGUUUAUUAAGUUCUUUGGAGAACAGAUCCUCAUCCUCUGGAAAUUUGCCUUACUUCGAAAGCGCAUUUUGAUAUUUUCUCCCCCGCCUGUGGGCGUUGUGUGCUAUAGAGUGUACUGCUGCUGCUGCCUGGCUAACGUCUCGCUGCCUGGCAUCGGGGGCACCAUUCCUGAGUCCAAGCCUUUCUUCUAUGUGAACGUGGCUGACAUCGAGAGCCUGGAGGUAGAGGUGUCCUAUGUGGCCUGCACCACAGAGAAGAUAUUCGAGGAGAAGCGGGAGCUAUACGACGUCUAUGUGGAUAACCAGAAUGUGAAGACGCACCACGACCAUCUGCAGCCGCUGCUGAAGAUCAACAGUGCUGACAGGGAGAAGUACCGGCGGCUCAAUGAGCAGAGGCAGAUGUUGUUGUAUUCCCAGGAAGUAGAAGAAGAUUACAACCCUUGUGAAGAGGACCUGUUUGUGCUGUUUUUCUUAGAACAAAACAACCGGAUAUUUCAGACUUUGUUGGAGGUGUCUGCCAGUCAAGACAAAACUCUGACAGCAGAGCAUGCCCGGGGCAUGGGUCUGGACCCCCAAGGAGACCGGAGCUUUCUCAUGGACCUUCUGGAGGCCUAUGGCAUCGAUGUCAUGUUGGUCAUUGACAACCCCUGUUGCCCAUAG